AUGAACGGCCUUAAAGAGGACUACUUAAAAACCCCUGAAUUGCCCACAAGCCACGCUCCUGCGGUGAUCAUGAUGAAUGGUGGACUCGAGUCGCGCGAUAGGGGCACUCGCGUCGCGGGUCUUGCCGCAGCGCCAACGCCGCCAGUGCUGCGGGAGGCGUCAGCAAUGGCUGUAGCGGCAAUCGCGGCGGCGAAGGCGGUACAGAGACGAGCGCUGGAGUGCGCGAUCGACGCCGUAGAUGCGCUCACCGCCUGGUGCGGCGCAGCGAGCGGCGGGGGAGCCAGCGGAGGCGGGGCGGCUGGGGGAAGCGCGGCAGGGACAAUGGGCGGGGCGCUGAUGCGGCGGGGAGGCGGGGGAGGGGGCGCGGGGGCAAGCGGGUUGUGGGGAGGCGGAGACCCGCUGAAGGGGAGUCGCAAGAUGUGGGUGGCGGGGCUGAUGGUGGUUGCGCUCAUCAGCCUUCUGGUGAGACGGGGGGAGGGGGAAAAGGGGAGGGGAAGGGGGGGAAGAUUGGUUGCGGGAAGAGGGCGGGGGGAAGGUUGUGAUUGGGAAGGGGUCAUCGGGGGGAGGGGUGGGAGGGUAGAGCAAGGGGGGUAUGUUGGGUGGAAAUGGUCAGGGAAGGGAAGGGGGAUUGUGGGGGGAGGGGGAGUGUCUCGUAUUUUCUCCCCCCUCGCUUUCCCCCGAUCCCCCCAUUUCCCCCUCCUUCCCCUUCCCCCACCCCCCUCGUCCCCCUCUCCCCGUGUGUCUAACACGUCACACGUGAGGGACUUCAAGAAAGAUGACGUGGCGCCCUUCGUUACAAGCCUGGCGAGCAGCGAGGCGCAGCUGGCGCAGCAGGUGCGCGCGCAGGCGGGGGCGGUAUCCGAGCUGGCGGAGCGCGCGCAGCAGCAGGUGCAGCUGCUCGGCGCGCUGCUGAAGCGCACGGAGGCGCUCGAGGGCGCGCUGGGGCGCCUCGCGGACGGACGCGAGCGGGAGGUGGUGGCGCGGGAGAUUGGCGCUCUGGGGGGCGGGGGCGGGGGCGGGGGCGGGGGCGGGGGCGGGGGCGGGGGCGGGGGUGCGGGAGGGGGUGGGGGAGGGGAAAGGGGAGCGGGAGCGGGGGAAGCGCCCUCUCUCCCCCUGCCCCUCUCCUGCAAUCAUGCAUCCAACGCUGGGGCGCUGAGGCGUGCCACCAAGGCGCUGGGUCCCCCUGUCUCCCCCUGCCCCCCCCUGUCUCCCCCUGCCCCCCCCUGUCUCCCCCUGCCCCCCCCUGUCUCCCCCUGCCCCCCCCUGUCUCCCCCUGCCCCCCCCUGUCUCCCCCUGUCCCCCCCUCUGCGCUUGCAGCGGGCGAUCAUAGACGGCCGCAAGGCGCGCGUGGUGCAGCUGCAGCAGCAGUUACGGCUGCAGCGGGCGAUCAUAGACGGCCUCAAGGCGCGCGUGCAGCAGCUGCAGGGGGAGGUCGCUGCUGCACACGCUGCCCACGCCGCUGACCACGCUCACACUCGUGCCACUGGUACUGCUGUGGCCGCCACUGCUGUUGACACUGCUGCUGCCACAGGAGGUGCAGGUGGGAGGGCAAGGGAGGAGCAGCGGCAACAGCAACAACAGCAGCAGGAUCAGCAGCAGAAGGAGCAAGAAGGGAAGGGGCUGGGGCUGGGGCUGGGGCAGGGGCAGGGGCAGGGGCAGGGGGAAGGGCAAGGGCAAGAGGAGGGGCAGAUGCUGCGGGGCGGUGAGGAGGACGAGUCAAGGCGGCAGCAACAGGAGGAAGAGGGGCAGGGGCAGAGGGGAGGGGGGCAGGGGCAGCAGGAGCAGGAGGGACGGGUGGGAGGGGUGGAGCAGGGAGGGUCGAAGGAGGAAGGAGGCAUGGUUAAAGAGGGGCGGGGUGAAGACUUGGAGCUGAUUGGACGAGACGAAGGUGAGGGGGAGGAGGGAUAUGCUUGGCUUGCGCAUCGCAUCUCACCAACAGCCUUUGCAGCGGUGGGCGUGGCCCCUCUCUCCGCUCGCCACCUCUCCCAGCCCCUCUCACAUUGCGUGUACGUGUCCCCGCACUCCCCCUCUCAGCCACUCGUCCCUGCUUCUCUAUCUUUCGGUCUGCACCUUCAUCUCAUCCACCUUCGCACUCUCGUCUCCUCCCUCGCACUCUCGUCUCCCUCGCACUCUCGUCUCCCUCGCAUUCCCAUCUCCCGCGCACUCCUUUCUCCCGCGCACUCCUUUCUUCCUCGCACUCCCUUCUUCCGCACACAUUUGGACAAAGAGUCGAUUCCCCAACUCCCUCCCACUAACUCCCUCUCACUCGCACUCACUCCCUCUCACUGGCACUCAAUCCCUCCCCUCCCCGUCAUCCCCCUUCGCCCCCCCUCACUCCCUCAACCUCCCACUCGUUUCCCCUCCGCCCUCCCCCCCUUCUCCCCAGCAGGCUCAGGAUCCCCCCUCGCCCCAGUAAGGGGAGCCCUCUCAACGGUCUUCCCCUCACACCCCCCCGAGGCCCCCAUGGAAACAGUUGUGCUGCGCUGCUCCUUUCCCCCACCUGCUACGCCUGGGGAGGGGGAGACGCACGGGGAAGGGGGGGAGGAAGGGGGUGGCGAGGGGCGGGAGGGGAGGGGGAGUGGAGGGGAGCGGGCGCUGCCGUUUGGGGGCAGGGUGGCUGCGGUGAUGGCGGGAGGCAUGACUGUUCCUCUCAUCAUGCAUGACUGUUCCUCUCAUCAUGUGAGUGGUGGUGUGUGGUGGUGUGUGGUGAUGGCGGGAGGCAUGACUGUUCCUCUCAUCAGGGAGCAACACCCCUCCGACAAACCACCCACCACCGCCGCCACCACCACCACCUCUCCGCCCUUCCCUCCGCCCUUCCCAUCGCACCUCACCCUCUGUCUCCCCCCGCUCCACGGCCCCACCAUCUCCCCGCGCUCUCUCCUCGAAUUCCUCUCAUACCAUCACCUCAUCGGCAUCUCCUCCUUCCUUCUCUACAACGCGGGGGGCGCCACCGAUCCCGUGCGAGCCGUGAUCCAGGCCCAAGCGGUCCAAGGCAGAGCGGAGCUGGUGGAGAUGGCAGGGCUGUUGGAGCGGGAGCAGCUGUGGAACCACGGGCAGGUGCCGGCGCUGCAGGAUUGCUUGUACCGCUCGCGCAUGUCGGCGCGCUGGGUGCUGUAUCUAGACCUAGAUGACUACCUCUGGCUGCCGCCUGUUACUGAGCCCCGGCCGCUCCCGCCCCUGCACAUACUGCUAGAGACCUACGAUGCUGGUAACUCGAUCGAAGUGCUCGGCCUGCCCGACCCCAGCGCACCCGGCAUGGCCGCAGGGGGAGACGCCGGGACAGCAGGCGGGGUGGAUACAGGAGGGGGGCGGCUGUGGAGAGGCGGGGUGGUGCGGGAUAAGAAGGUACCCAAGGAGUCGCAGUGGGGGGGGGAGAGGGACGGCGAGAUGCAGGUGGAGCGGUUUGUGUUUCACUGGCCGGAGCCGGCAUGCCAUGACAAUGAGAAGGACGGCGAGAGAAUAUUCGACCCGUCAGUGUGCCCGGGCGAGCAGGGCCAUCGCAAGUUCAUUGUUGACCCGCGCAGGGUUGACAGCAUGGGUGUGUUCGGCCCCAUUCCUUCACAUCCAACGUAUUCCCGCAUGGCACAUCUGAGCACUCAUGACCUGCAGCUGCUGCACUACAGGGAGCUGGGGUCGGGCACGGCGCAGGGCGUGUGUGACGAGCCCACCCCGCGCUGGCGCACCGUGGGGUGGUGGCACACCGAUGCCAGCUAUGCGCGCUCCAUUGCUGCCUUGAGGCAACGCGCGCAAUGCAACUUCACCAGCGGAGGGUGUGGAUGGCGGCACACUGGUGCUUCCUCUGUGCUGACGUUGCUGUCCGUGAGGCUCGUGUUCGGGUGA